GGUAGAGCAGCCGGAGCAGGAGAAGCCGCAGCAGGUCAGCGGCUCACAGGAAAGCCCUCCAGCGGUCCCCGUGGAGACACGAGCCGCCAGUACCGGAGCAGCUCCUCCGGUUUGGCUGACACAGUAGAGCCGGGACGUUCAGAAUACCGAGGGGUGGAUGUGCAGGCACUACGGGACCGCUGCGGACCGACACAGAGAUGUGCUGUGAAUGGGACACCGAAGGAAAUACGAGGGAGGCUCGGCUAGCUAACGGCAGCUAGCAGACCGUUAGCCGCUCGGCGCCGCAGCUCCAUGAGCGUCGGUUCAUUUAGAGAUGCGAGCCGCAUCGUUCACAGCGACGUGACAGAGGAUGACGGCUGAAGGAUAACAUCAGAGGAGGUUUCACACCCUCGACCAGACGUGACCCCACCUUCCCCUUUUGUCUACUUUCUCCUGCGAGCUGUGGGUCGCUGCUCAGCCUCUGUGGACUUUAAUGGGAUGCAUGCAUUCCUUAGUAACACCAUGUAAAGUCAUUUUAAUUUGGACGGUCCUUCCAACACCCUUCUGACGAAGAAACAGGAUGAAAUAAUUGCAAUGUGACUCCCUGCCCGUCUGAGAUAGCCACCUCGAUCUGUGGGAUCCUUGCUUUGGUUCCAUCAUCGUUCCCUACCAACCCCAUCCCUUUUCCAGUGUCAUUGGGCCAUGGUUCGCAAGAAAGGUUCUCUGAUACUAUGCGGUGCUUUUCUGUUUGUCGCCUGGAACGCUUUGCUUCUACUUUAUCUUUGGGGUCGCCCUCCCAUCGGCCACCUCGGAGAAGGCGGUGGAGCAGAACCAGGAGGGAAGGAGGAGUGGGGCGUGGGCAGAGGAAAAGUGGGCCGGGUCAACCUAGCCGGGGAGGUGAUCCGGCUGGCAGAGGAGGUCGAGAUUCAGCUGGAGACCCAAAAAAAGCUGCUGAAGCAGAUUGAAAGUAACAGGGCGGUAUGGGCUCGGCAGAAAGACAUCGGGAAAAGGGAAACGGACGACAUGAAAGAAGUCAAAGAAGAGGUUGUCCAGCAGCCGCCCAAAACUCCACCUCCUCUCAAAACCAGUGUGGACGUCAGCGACCAGACUGAAGUCAGACAAACACAGAAGCCCGUUCACACAGCAGCUGAAGGACCACCGGUAGAACAUGUGGCCACUGAAAGAAAGGAAGAGAUUAUUGAGAACAGUGAAGUGACAACGUCUGCUUCCAGCCCAGAAGUCGUCAUUCCCAUCCUAGUCAUCGCUUGUGACAGAGUGACGGUCAAACGGAGCCUCGACAGACUGAUCCAGUACCGGCCUUCUCCAGAACUAUAUCCAAUCAUCGUCAGCCAAGACUGUGGCCACGCCGAGACGGCUCGUGUUAUUGGCUCAUACGGAGAACAAGUGACACACAUACGCCAACCAGAUCUGUCCGACAUCAGGGUUCGGCCGGAGCACAGGAAGUUCCAAGGCUACUACAAAAUCGCCCGGCAUUACCGCUGGGCGCUCAACCAGGUGUUCAAUACGUUCUUGCAGUCGACUGUGGUCAUCGUAGAGGAUGACCUGGAGGUGGCUCCAGACUUUUUCGAGUAUUUCCGAGCUCUGCACCCGAUUCUGCGGUCCGACCCGACCCUGUGGUGCGUUUCCGCCUGGAACGACAAUGGAAGAGACGCCUUGGUAGAUCCAUCCAAAGCCGAGCUCCUCUACAGAACGGACUUCUUCCCCGGUCUGGGCUGGAUGCUGCUCAAAGAGAUGUGGGACGAACUGGAACCCAAAUGGCCGUCGGCCUUCUGGGACGAUUGGAUGCGUCAACCAGAGCAGCGCAAAGACCGCUCCUGCAUCCGACCCGAAAUCUCCAGGACUAUCACCUUCGGCCGGAAAGGUGUCAGUUUAGGUCAAUUUUUCGACCAGUACCUUCGCUACAUUAAGCUAAACACUGAAUUUGUGCCUUUUACCAAACAGGAUUUAUCUUAUUUGCUAAAAGAGAAGUAUGAAGAGAAGUAUAUCAAAGAGGUUUAUAGUGUCCCGUUGGUGAAGAUCGAGGAGCUGCAACAAGGUGGUACCUUAAAGGGACCUGGACCGUUCAGGGUGCAGUACUCCAGCAGGGACAGUUUUAAAGUAUUUGCUCGAAAUCUGGGGGUGAUGGACGACUUAAAAUCUGGAGUUCCUCGUACAGGUUACAGGGGCGUGGUCAGCUUCCUGUACCGGGGUCGAAGGGUGUUUCUGGCUCCACCAGAGGGCUGGACCCAGUAUGACGUCAGCUGGAGCUGAAACGCUGAUCCAGGCUGGACGGACAGUGUUGGAGAGGGGAGAGCGCCUUACUCAGAGGAACACCCUUUCAGACCAAAGAUUACCGCAGACCAUGGAUCACGAAGGAGUUGAAACAGCACUCAGCAGUGGAGCUGGAGGCCUGCUCGGUGCUUAUUCAGGAUCAGCGAGGAUCGGCCACAGAGAUCUCACAGCAUUCAGACUUUUGGCGAAGUGAAUUCCACCUUUAAACACUGUUCUCAAACUGCUAUUGGCGACGUGCCUUGCUUUCUGGGCCCAUUUUGUUUGAUGUAUUUUUUAUUCCUGUGGUUAAACUGGCCGAGUGUAGAGUUUGCAUCACAACCAGCUGUAGGUGGAGUUCAGCAGCAAAAUAUCAUCUGAAUUAUCAGCAGUGUCAGUGGUAAUACCCUGGAGGGGAAACACACGCAGUUAUUAACUAGAACUCGGAUGAAAACAAUGUCACAUAUAAAAUGUUUGUUUUA